AUUAACAACAGCUUGUUUAGCUAUCUCUGUAGCUUGCUAGGCAACAUAGCCGAAACAUUGGAGCUCUUUAGACGCGUUCAGUGUAUAUUUUUCUGUGUUUUAAAACAUACUUCUUUCGUAUUGCAAGUAGCCCCAUUUAAUUUAAUAUUUACGUUGUAAAUCGGGUAGCUAGCUGGCUGGAUAAAUUAGAUUAGCUCCAGGCUAGUCGUUAAUGCUAACCCGCUAGCUAGCUAACAUCCCAGACCAUGAGUUCACUAAGCUACUCUCCUCCUGUUAAGGAAGAGGAGGUCUGCUGGACGGAGAAAGAAGCUCUGGGGAUGAACAUUGUCAUGAAAGAAGAAGAUGAUGUUUCAGUAAAAGGAGAGGAAGAAGCUUUCAGAAUGAAAGAGGAGGUAGAAGAGGCUAUCAGUAUCACAUUGAAAGAAGAGGAUGAUGUUACAGCGAAAGAAGAGAAAGAACAUAUUAGAGUGAAAGAUGAAGAGGGGAUAGAGACUGUCACAGUGGAAGAAGAUAAAGAACCCGUUGUAGUGGCAGAGGAGGAUAUCUUAAGAAAAGAGGAGGAAGACGUUUUGGGAGAUGAAGAGGAAGGAGAGGAGACUGAAGAUCUGAUUAACACCAGAGAGAUACCAGACCCAGUGACGCCCACACCAGCGAGACAACAUCACUGCUCCCACUGUGGAAAGAGUUUUAGUUGGUUAGGGUACCUAAAACAGCAUGAGAGAAAACACACAGGAGAAAAGCCUUUCCAAUGUUCCCAGUGUGGAAAGAGAUUUACCUGGUUAGGAAGCCUAAGGGAGCAUAAGAGAAUACACUCUGGAGAGAAACCGUUCCACUGUUCCCAGUGUGGAAUGACUUUCGCCUGGUUAGGGAGCCUGAAAACCCAUGAGAGUUCACACACAGGGGAAAAACCUUUCCAAUGUUCCCAGUGUGGAAAGCGUUUUACCCAGUUAGGGAGGCUGAAGGAGCAUGAGAAGAUACACACAGGGGAAAAGCCUUUCCAAUGCUCCCUGUGCGGAAAGAGUUUUACCAAGUUAGGGGCCCUGAAGGAGCAUGAGAAGAUACACACAGGGGGAAAGCCUUUCCAAUGCUCCCUUUGUGGAAAGAAUUUUACCCGCUUAGGAAACCUAAAAGAGCAUGAGACAAAACACACACAAGAAAAGCCCUACCAAUGCUCCCUGUGCGGAAAGAGUUUUACCAAGUUAGGGGCCCUGAAUAGGCAUGACAGGACACACACAGGAGGGGAUAAGACAUACUACUGCUCCCUGUGUGGAAAGACAUUUAACCGAUUAAGACAUCUGAAUAAGCAUGAAAGAAUACAUACACAGGAGGAGAAGACAUACCACUGCUCUCAUUGUGGCAAGACAUUUUCCCAGUCAGAGGACCUGAAAUCACAUGAGAGAAUAGAGAGACUGUGUUCUGACUUAAGUUUUUGACUGAGAGGUUUUUGUUUAUGCCAAAUGAAAUCAUAUUGUUUAUGAAAUCAUUAAAAAUAUGCCAUCUUUAGAAAAUAUUCAUCUGGAGACCUGAUCUAAAAUCAGAUUAAACACAAUUUUUAUUUUGUUUUGAUUAUGAACUUUAAUGGAUACAACUAUAAACCCUCUGUUUAUUAUAAUUUGGGGAUAUUAUUAUAUAGAUGAAUGGAGUUUUGGAUUUCUUGAUUCUAACCUUAAACCUCUUGGAUUUGAUGUGAUCUGGCUUUUCGCUAAAUGAAUUUGAUUGAAUACAUGAUUUAGAUAUUGCACCAUGUAAAUGAUUGAAUAAAUGAAUAGAAUGUGCAUUUCUUGAUUUUGAACUUUGAAAUCUCUUGAAUUCAGUCGUUUUGUAUCAUUGAGUUAAUAUGUGAUAUGUGAUGGCGUUUUUAUAAAAACAUUGAUUGUUGUUGAUGUGAAAAACACGAGUGUUCCCAUCAAUGUUAUUCCACUAUGUAGAAGCAGUAUAGAGCUAGUUGUUUAUUUUGAUAUUAUCUGUUGACUGAAUUAAUCAGAAUUGGCAUAGAAUACAGAUGUGUAGUAGAUGUGAAGUUUAUAUUAAAAUUCUCACUCAUCAAAAGUUCAUUGAUGAACCAAAGCUUCUCUUUGUAAGUCUCAAUAUAAUAUUAAACGUUUGAAAGAAACUGUCUGAAAAUCAAAUAUUUUCCUCAACUGAGUUACCCACUCCAGACAACAGAUGGCGAUGUUUCUUGCGUGACGUAUAAUGUAAUGGACGGGACGCUUCUUUGUAAUAAUAAAAUAAAAAAUGCU